AGAAUGCCGUUAUUCCAAGACCCCAUCAGAAGGGUCCUGAAGACAUCCCGGACGGAGAAGAGAAUCGACCGACAGACGCCGUUUGUUUCGAUGGGGGGCGCUUCUUUUUCUCUCUGGAUUUGUUCGCUGAUCUCCGUUUUUUUCACUCUGAAAACGGUUGAAGAUAAUUUGACUUACUCGUUUUUUCAGAUUUUCAGGUGCUUUGAGAAGUUCUUCUUUCCCUCGACUAUCUACGGUUGAGAAUUUAUUGCCUGUUUGUUUUAUCCGUUUGGAUUUAGCCUAAUUUUGAUCUGCGUUGUUUAGAGCAUCUAAUCUAAAUACCAGGGGCUUCGUCUACAGGUGACGUGGAGGGAAAUCUUUUCUCUCAGAAUUCCAUAGUCUGCACUGUACUGGAUUGAAGUGCGAUGCAAAGAUCAUGUAGAGCUCUUCUGCAACGAAGAGCUUUGGAAAAGGCUAAUACCGGAAGAAAUCGCUUGUACAAAGUAUCUCUUUCCUCGGUGUUUGUUUUAUGGGGCCUUGUGUUCGGUUUGAGCUUACGUAUCAGUUAUGGUGACGGUUACAGAGAUGCAUCUGCAGUGCUUCCAGUUGGUUCAUCAACUUGGCAUGGGUCUCAGCUGGCACAAAAAUAUUCUGAUCCUGCCGAUAAAAAUCCAUCAGAAGGAACUGCAUGUCCCCAAAACAAUGAAGAUUCCCGUGCAAAAGUCAAUGAAGAUAAAGGUUCCAGGAGUGGUGAACCAAUUGCCAGUGAAGGAAACACAAAUCAUAUGGUUGACUGUGCCAUGUCGGGCACUAACUCGGAGGAGAAUGCUCUGAAGUCUGAUAGGCUGUCUCGUGCUGUGCCAACUGGACUUGAUGAAUUCAGGACCAAAACAUUCAGUUCCAAAGGAAAAUCUGGAACCGGACAGCCUGGGAGUGUAAUACACAGAGUGGAGCCUGGUGGGGAAGAGUACAAUUAUGCUUCUUCUUCAAAGGGAGCGAAGGUCUUGUCAUUUAACAAGGAAGCAAAGGGUGCCUCUAAUAUCCUAUGCAGAGACAAAGACAAGUACCUUCGAAAUCCAUGCUCGACGGAGGAGAAAUUUACUGUUAUAGAACUUUCAGAGGAAACUUUAGUAGACGCAAUUGAUAUAGCAAAUUUUGAACAUUAUUCCUCUAAUUUAGAAGAUUUCGAGUUGCUUGGCAGUCUGGUUUAUCCAACAGAGACGUGGGUUAGUCUUGGGAAUUUUACUGCUGCAAAUGUGAAGCAUGCUCAGAGGUUUGUUCUCCAAGAGCCAAAAUGGGUGAGAUACUUAAAGUUCAACCUAUUGAGUCAUUAUGGGUCAGAAUUUUAUUGUACACUAAGUGUUGUUGAAGUCUAUGGGGUGGAUGCUGUUGAGCGCAUGCUGGAGGAUUUGAUAUCUGCUCAAAAUAAUUUAUUUGGACCUCAAGAAGGAACUGGUGACAAUAAGCAGGUAUCUUUCCCAUCGGAGUCCACGAAAAGUGAUGUACAUUCUCAUGAAUUGUGUGCAGAAGUAGAGUCUGUUUACUCGGUGGAAAGUUCAACUACUAAACAUGAUGUUGGGAAGACGAAUAAUGUUCCAGAUCCUGUUGAGGAAAUUCAUCAUCAACAGGCUAGUAGGAUGCAUGGGGAUGCUGUUCUUAAAAUACUACUGCAGAAAGUCCGGUCCCUGGACAUAAAUUUGUCUGUGCUGGAGAGAUACAUAGAAGAGUUGAAUUCCAGAUAUGGGAAUAUAGUAACAGAACUAGCUAAAGAUAUAGAAGAAGAAGUUUUACUGUUAAAAAGGAUAAGAUCGGAUGUAAAGAAUAUUUUCGACACUCAGGCAAACAUGGCUAAAGAUGUUGAUGAAUUUAUUGCCCAGCAAUCGCGUGAUUCUUCUGAUUUACAUACUCUUCGCAAGGACAUUGCCCUUCUCAGGUUUAAGGUUGAAAAGAUGGAGGAGAAUCAUUCAUCGAUGGAGAACAGAGGUAUUGCAGUGUUUCUUGUAAGCUUAAGUUUUGGAAUCUUGGCUCUCACGAGGCUUUGUUGUACAAGCUCUUCCAUGAUUUUCUUACUACUGAGCUGUACUGUUACCAUUUACUUACUAUCAGUAUAGAGUUCUUACCCCUCCACGGAAUUGGCAGUUUAUAGAAAUGUGUGAAAAUAUCUUGAACGCUCUACCAAGCAGGGAGUCAAAAAAUUUCAGGCUAAA